AUGGCAUCGCUUUCACAGUCACAGACGACGGCAUUACUUCGGCCAGAAGCAUUCAGAGGGCGACAUUACCCUGAGUGGCAUCCUCCCACCCGCCAUCUAGUCACACCGUUCCUUCGCCCUGACUUUUCACCGAUUCUCCCUGCUGCACCAUCCCCCUUCUUCCUUACCGCGCCACGCAUCCCUGCGAUCGGCGGUUAUGGAAGAAGCCGGCGGGUGGCAGUGUCGUCCAUUCUCACGCGGCAGGAUGGGCAGGCGGACGAAGGAAUGGAUGCGCGGAAGGCGCAAAGGGCAGCGCAGAAGAGCGAGGCGGCGAGCGCGGCGAGGCAGGGAGGCGGCGUGACGGGAAGGGGAGCGCAGAUGAGCGGAAUGCAAGGAGCAGUGGGAAGCGGGGAGCAGGCGGGGGAUGGAAGGGAAACCGCAGUGCAACGGCCAAGUGCGCAGCAUCAGCAGGAUCAACAGCAGCAGCAGCAGCUGGAGCAGGCGGAGGGAGCACGCAAGGCGUCAAGCAGCGUGCGCGCUGUGGAGCGCGUUGCCGCUGCCCGCCAGGGCGGGGCAGCUUCGUGGAGACCUCCCACCUCGCUCACUCGGAUGCCGUCCCUCAACCGAGCCUCGGGCUUCCAGGGGCUAGGGCUAGGCUCGGGCAUUCAGGGGCUAGGCUCGGGCUUUCAGGGGCUAGGCUCGGGCUUUCAGGGGCUAGGUUCGGGCAUUCAGGGACUAGGCUCGGGCAUUCAGGGGCGCGCAUCAGCAGUGCGCAGCAGGCUGCAGGGGGGCGCGAUGGAGGCGGGGAGUCGGAUACAGGGCGGCGCGUACGGCGUGGGCAGCUCCCUCCAGGACACGGCCGCCGUGGUGGGCGGCGUGAUUCAGGGCCGCGCCGUGGAGGUCGGGGGUGCGAUCCAAGGCAAGGCGGUUGCGGUGGGCAGCACGAUACAGGACACGGCAGUAGUGGUGGGGGGUGCGAUCCAAGAUAAGGCAGUGGCAGUGAGCAGCACAAUACAAGACACAGCAGUAGUGGUGGGAGGGGCGAUUCAAGACACGGCAGUGGUGGUAGGCAGCAGGAUUCAGGGCAAAGCGGUGGAGCUGCAGGAGAGAGCGGUGGAGGUGGGUACGAGCAUCCAGGACAGGGCGGUGGAGGUGAGCAGCAGCCUUCAGGACCGCGCGGUGCUGCUGCAGGGCAAGGCCGUGGAGGUGAGCAGCACGCUGCAGGACGUGGUGUCGGAGGUGGGGCAGGUGGUGACUGAGGUGGGUGUGACUAUACAGGAGAAGCAGCAGGAGAUCGCCAAGGUGGUGCAGCACACGGCGGAGGACGUGGAGAGGAGCCUCCCGCCCCCCGCGCAGGGCGCACUGCGCACGGCGGGGUCGGGCGUGCAGGCGGUGGUGAGCGUGGUGGCGCCCGUGCUGGACCGCAUUCCCGUAACGCGCGGGCAGCUGGCGGGCGCGGCCGUGGUGGUGGUGCUGUUCAUCAAGGCCGUGGAGCAGUGGUGGUACCAGUUCCAGCAGGACUCGCGGGGCUCGACACACUUUGACAUCCCGGAGCGCAUCCGCGUGGAGGCGCCGUCGCCCCUGCCACCGCCUGUGCCGGUGGCGUCGACGCGGCAGCAGGUGGACGUGCGGCGCAAGGAGCCCAUGGAGUGGGUCAACAUGCUGCUGCGCAAGGUGUUCCGAAUCUACCGCACGGGGUUGGAGCGGUGGAUGGUGGGCAUCCUGCAGCCGCUCAUCGAUGAGACGCCCAAGCCACGUGGCGUGCAGCGCGUGCGCAUCAAGCAGUUCUUCCUCGGCGACGAGCCGCCCUCCCUGCGCUCCAUUGAGCGCCGCACCUCAAGGCGCGGCAACGACCUGCAGUACCACGUGGGGGUGCGGUACACGGGGGGAAUGCGCAUGCUGCUGGAAGUGCCGGUGGACGUGAGCAUGGGGCUGUCCGCCAUCCCGCUCACCGUGCCCAUCCCCGUGGGCGUGCGCAACUUUGACGUGGACGCGGAGGUGUGGGUGCGCCUGAAGCUGAUCCCCGUGGAGCCGUGGGUGGGCGCGCUCACCUGGGCCUUCGUCUCCAUGCCCAAGGUCAAGCUCACGCUCGCGCCCUUCCGCGUCGUCAACCUCAUGUCUAUUCCAUUCCUCUCAAGGUACCUGCAGGCGCUGCUAACGGAGGAGCUGCCGGCGCGCUUCCUGCGGCCCAACAGCAAGGAGGUGGACCUCCUCAAGGACCGCCCGCUGCCGCCCGACCCCUCCCAGCGCGAGUUCCGCGAGGGGCAGGUGGCAGGCGGCACUCUGGGCUUCGCUGGGGAGCUGCAGGUGACAGUCAUUGCCGCCCAGCGCGUCAUCAACCUGCCCCUCGGUGACAGCGAUCCCUACGUGGUGUUGGAGUUGGGGCAGCAGGUGGCGCGCAGCAAGCGCAACAGCGAGACGUCGCUGGUGGGGCCGGCGGGGUACCCCAUAUGGAACCAGGACUUCGUGCUGCUCGUGCUCGACCCAACCCUACAGCGCCUCUCCGUCACGCUCCGCGGGUCGCUCGGCCUCUUCUACGUUGACUUUGGGCGCGGCUCGGGCCCGUUGAGGGAAGGGGGGACGUUAAAACGGGCAGGUGACGCUAGCAAGUGCUGGUCGUGCUCCACCCUCCCUGCACCACCUCUUGGUCAAGCUCCGGGGUCUCUGGCGUUCUUCUACGUGGACUUUGGGCACGGCUUGGUGAGGGGGAAGGGGGCACAGUGCGCCUGGGCUCCCUGCACGACACGCUGCCAACACACGUGUGGGCUCCGCUGCACAACCCCUCCUCCCUCUCACUCUUCUGUGCCCUCUCUCCUCGAUCUCGCCUCUCGUCCACACUGCCCUCCUGUUUCUCGCCCAUUGCAGGUGCGCCUGGACGCGCUACAGGACACGGUACCAACGGACGUGUGGGUGCCGAUGCGCCUGCGCCUGCCGGUGGGGCAGAAGGCGUGUGGGCGGGUGAAGAUGCGCCUCACGUACAAGGCGUUCGUGGCGGAGGACGACCACCAGGACGUCGAGACGUUCGACCAGCCCUACAGCGAGGCUGAGAGCGACGGGGAGGGCGCGGAUGCGCUCGCUACAAUUUCUCGCCUCCGGCGGUUUGUUGCUGACGUGGCGGACUCUGCUGCUCCGCCGGAGCUGAUGAGGAUCCUGGAGAAUGUGAGGGUGGGCGAGAUCCCACGUGUCGUUGACCUGGAGCGACUCAGUAGUGACGUGGCGAAGCUGUCUGACCUGGCACGUGCGCUCGAGGUGGCGCUGUUCAAGGACGUCAACCGAUUGGCGGAGCUCCCGAGGCUGUCGGAUCUUCCCAAGAUGAAGGAGUUCUCCGUGCUUGCUGAGCUGGCGAGUAUCCGCGCUGACAUCGAACGGCUGGCGCAGGCGGCCCGUGCGCUGGAGCUGGGCGCUGAGCUGGAGAAGCGCGUGAAGGUGGAUCUGUCGCGGAUCGAUCUGGACCUGUCGUCCGUUGAUCUGCCCAAGUGGGACGAGUGGAUGGCUGUGCCGCGCCGAGCCCUGCCCCAGCCCAAGGACCUGGUGGAGCGCUACCGCCUGCUGCUGCCCGACGCUGAGUCCCGGCGCCGCCAGCGCGAGCGAGAGGCGCGUGCGGAGGGCGGGGAGGAGGGGCGUGACGAUGAUGGUGAUGAUCCGGAUGGUGGGACCGGAGGGGUGAGGCAGAGGGGAGGUUGGUGGAGAGGUGGGUGGAAUGGGAAACGUGGGGAAGGAGGGCGGAGGAACGAGGGAAAUGGAAGGGGAGGGGCAGGAGGGAAGAGGGAGCGGACGGGUGUUUCAGGGGUGGUGAGACGAGGCAUGAAGUUGUGGCGAGGGGAGAGUGGAAGAGAGGGAGCGGAGGAGGGGAAGCGGGACAGAGUGGAUGGAGGAGAGGGAGUGAGAGACGGGAAGGAAGGAGGAGGAGGGGGAGACGGGAAGGAAGGAGGAGAAGGAGGGGGAGAAGCAGGAGGAGGGGAGUGGGCAUCAGGGGGGAGGAAGAAGAUACGAAGGGUGACGCCAGCAGUGGUGGCGGAGGGACGGGGCAAGAGUGCCGUGGUGAGGAGAGGGGCAGAGGGGCAGCGGGCGGAAGGGGUGGAGGGGGCGUUUGAGUGGAGGGAGGCGCUUCAGGUGUUUGAGGACGUGUGGGGCAUGAUGGACGGUUCCCCCUCCAUGCAGCCGGGGUCACUCUCGGGCAGACAGAGCACCUCCGUGCCGGAUGCCCCAGUGUGGCGUGGGAGGGCGCGCUCAGAUGCCCUAGCAGGCCAGUUGAGAGCGGAUGCGGAGCAGGAGGGAGGGGUUGGAGAGGGGCGAUAUGGGAAUGGGAGGGCGGGGAUGAGUGAGGAGAGGUUUGAGAGGGUUGAGGGUGAGGGGGGAGGGAAGGUGGAGGGAGACAGGGGGGUCAAUGGGAAUGGCAGAGUGGCAGAAGGAAUAGUCACUGCUGAUGUGGAUGAGGAGGGUGCCAGCAUGGCAGCACAUGCAGCUGAGUCAGCAGCGGCGGCCAUGGCAGGACGAGGCAAGGGGUGGAUCUCGCCCUCCCUGCAGUCUGCUGGUGGUGGGGCGAGUGGUGGGCGCGGUCUAGACGACACGGUGUGGUUGAUGGUGGGGAGUAGAGGGUUCAGAGUGAGAGCAGGGGGGAAGAACGUUGAGGUGGUUGGGAAGGAAAGGCUUGAGUUUGGAAGUGGGGAGAGGGGGGUGGCAAGGGAAGGGGAGAUUGGAGGGGGAGGAGGUGGAGGCGGCUGUGGUGGUCUCGCUUAUCACGAGGCUGACGGAGUGGAACGACGGAGUGAUGGAGCGGACCUGUUCCGCGUGGUGAUCGUUGGUGCGGGCCCAGCAGGUCUAGUUCUAGCGAAUCACCUGCUGACACGUGGCGGUGGUAGGUUCCACGUAAGUGUGGUGGAGAAGAGCGAGGACCCGCGAAAGAAGGUGGAGGAGGCGGUGGAGGUCGCGAGGAGAUAUUCCAUCGGACUCAACAUCCGAGCGUUUCGAUGCCUGGAUGCGGUCCCUGGGCUGCUGAAGAAGGUGCUCGCCUGCAUGGUUCUCGUGCGCCAGCUGUGCAUUGCCAUCACUGCCAAGCCCUCAAUCAUCCCUUUCAGUCACAAGGACCCGCCAGUGCUGCUGGCUGACCGCACGGCCCUCUGCUGUGCGCUGCUGCACGCGCUGGUGGGGGAGGAUGCGCACGCACGGGUCCCAGUUGGGGACAACGGGGAGCAUGAGGGGGAGGGGAAUGGGGAACGGCCAGUGGGGGAUAACGGGGAGAGUAACGAGGAGAUGUGUGCAAGGGGAGAAAGGGAGAGUGUGGCAGGCAAGGCCGGCUCAGGAGGUAGUGCGGUGACGCACGGCGACAGGUCAUCACGGGGAAAGCUGGAGCUGUACUUCAACACGCGGUGCACAGGCAUUGACAUCACGGCACACACUGUGACCCUUCAGCCCGCCCCGGGGGGGAAUGCUGCGCUCCGCACCCGCCUGCAGCCCGCUCACUCGGUAGAGCGGCGAGCAGUGGUGGCAGGGGCAGGGGCAGUGGCAGGUGCAUCAGCAGCAGGCGUGGCGAGCAGUGAGUGUGGAGGUCCAGCUGGUGCUGGUGUGGCCGCCCAGCGCCUGCAGCAGCACUCGCCAGCCCAGCUCUGCUAUGACCUCCUGGUGGGGGCGGAUGGGGUGCGCUCUGUGGUGAGGAGUGCGCUGGUGAGCAGCGCGGGGGGGUUCGCCAUGGAGGCACUGCCGCUCUUUGGGGAGUGGGCCGUCGCCUCCAUCCCUGCCCCCACCUCCCUUCCCCCCAACUCCAUGAUUCUUGUUCAAAGGGUUCCCCGCACUCCUGGCAUAUCGGUGGUGGGGCUCCCAGCACAGGGCGGCAAACUUUGUCUGUUGUGGGCAUGGUCGGCCUUGGCACGGCCUGCUGAGUGGUUGGCGCUGAGAAGCAAUGAUGAGGACAGGGAGGACCAUGCGGUGGGAAGGGCGGACGCAAGGAAGGAGGGGGAAAGCGUGGGUAGCAAGCAGGGUGUGACUGGUGCAAUGGAGAAUGCAGCGGGUGAAGGGAGUGUGGCUGAAGGGAGUGUGGCUGAAGGGAGUGUGGGUGGAGGCGGUGAAAAUGCAGACAGGGGCUGCAACGCCGCCAUCACCGAUGCUACAGUGCUUGCCCGGCUGCUUCUGGGGGAGGUGGUAUGUAGGAAUACCCUGAUUCCCCCAUACACUAAGGAGACCACCUGGAAGCUGCUUCAGAGCGUUUGGGGCAGGGAAGGAAAUGAAGGGGAGGAUCCAGAGAGAGAGGUGCAGUGCGGCACUAAGGGGUCUUGUGCUCUGAGCAGGUUGGCUUGGUCCUUCACUCGUUUCGUCCAGAAGUUAUCAAGGCUGACAGGUUUGGGGGGCAGAGUGGCACCAGAGAGAAGAGCGGGCGUGGGGGCAGAGGAGGGGAGGAGGGAGGCAGACAGAGCAAUGUGUGCAGCAUCACCGCAGCACUUGCGCACACACCUUGCGGUGAUGCUCGCUCGCUACUCUGCUCUUCAGGUGCCGGAAGGCCAUGCCCUGGUUGACCUCUCAGAUGCUGGUGCACCCAUCAGCAACCUCUACUCUCGCACGCGGGCCAUCCGCCUCUUCCCCCGUCUUCCCGACGCGAGCCGUGCGACUUUCCCUUCCCCAAACCACAUCCGCGCCAUGGCGUCCGAUAAGAAAGGCAGCACUGGUUGGUUUGGGGAUAUGGUCUCGACAAUAAGUGACUUUGGCAAGCAGACAACAGACAUGGCUUCUAACCUCUACACUCAUAUGGGCAAGCUGGGCAACCCAACGCUCCUAACGCACGCAGGAGCAGAGGCGCUGUGGCGGGAGCACUUUUGGGCGCCACCGGAUGAGAAGCUGCUGUUCUACUUCUACUGCAACCUGCUCACCAGCGUGGGGCCCGUUCCCGGCACUCUAGUCGUCACCACUGCGUCCAUUGGCUUCCUCUCAGACGCCGAGUUUGAGUACAACCCGUUGGGCCGCCCCACAGAGAUUGCCAAGAGCCACUUUGUGGCCACCAUUCCGCUGCACAAGAUAACAGGAGUGGCGCCUGAAGCCAACCCAUCUGAUGAGAAUGAGAAGUACAUUCGGCUCACUACAGAAGACGACUUCUCAUUCUGGUUCACUGGCUUCAUCGCAUAUGAUCAAGCCUUUGCAACUGUCCUUUCUGCUGUGGUCAGUACUUCUCAUCCUCUUGAAGCCUUGUCAUAG